AUGAGCGGUAGCAGUGGCUCCUUCACUAGAAGCAGCAGCAGUAGCUCCACAAGUUCUGAUUCCCUGGCAUCUUCAGAAGUGCCCGAGCAUCCCGCCGAGGAGGAAGUCUUGGAUUUGGAGGACGGUGCUAGCAGUGGCGAUGAAGGCUGCGACCGAUUUGCGAACAUGUCGGCAGCAAAGCCAGACCUGAGCUACCGAGGCCACACAGGUCCAUUUCUGGACGAUACCGUACACGCAGCCAUCGAGGGCCUUUUGACUGCAGAAAACACAUCCAAGCAGGGCAUGCUGCGGCGUUUUCGAGAAGUCUACGGCGAGGCUUUGGAAUUCUACGCUGUUUUCCGGGAACUGCAUGCUGAAUCCUCACGAAGCUGGGAGCGCAAGGCUCACUACCAUGUGGUCUUGAAGCUGAAGGGCCGUGUCCGGUGGAUUCAGAUUGCCCGCGAGCUGCGCGCCAGGGGCAUCUUCGGGCAUUUGUCCUUGCCGACCAGGUGUGCAGAUAUCUGGCGCAUUGUAGCGUAUUGCUAUGUGCCUUCUGCCAGGAAGCCCUUGCCAGAACUUGAUCCCGAUCCCUUGCUGAGCUCAAACUUCCCCAUUAUUGACAUGGAGAAGCGGCUCCGCGGGAAGCUUGCCAGAACACAAGUUCUGAGGCCAUGGGAUUUUUUCCAAGUCUUGCGAAGACACCCGAGCAUCGAGACCUACAACGACCUCAUUGUCUGGGCGCAGUCCCAGCAGAAGCACGGGGUGCCUCAAAACUUGGAGUUUAUGACCAGGCAAGGUGGCAAGAUGUCUGGGCUCUUCAAGGCAUGGAAGCAGCUCAUGGCUAAGCCUGUGAGCCAAAAGUCGCAACGGGAGGAGCGAUUGCGCUACUGGCAGGCUUCAAGGCAGGCGCCCUGUUCUUGCACAACGCCAGGCCGCUUGAGGUCUGGCCUGGAUGCCUUGAUGGUGCGCGAGAAGGAUGGUGAGAGGUUUGGCUACUUCGUCAAACGGCUUAUCCGCAUUGGGACAGCGGCCAAGAAUUGCAACAUCUUGCUUUGCGGGGCUUCCAAUGCGGGGAAGACUGCCCUCACAAGGCCGUUGAUGGCUAUGUUUUCUCACCGCUGCUGGAUGCGUCCUAACAAGGGCGACACGUUCCCCUUAGAGUCGUUGCAGGACAAGCUGAUCAGCUGCUGGCAGGAUUGGAGGCCAGGGGCUUUGCAAAAUUCCUGCCCGGUGGCCUGGGACACCCUGCUCUUGCUUCUGGAGGGCGAAGCUGUGGUGGCUGCUUGCAAGGGCUCGGCGUCGGUGGUCAUUUCCGAGCCGCCGCCUUUUCUCAUCACGUGCCAGGAGCGCGUUGUGCCGCUAGAUGCGAAUGGUCGCCCCAAUGUUGCCGAGAAGGAUGCCUUCCACAAUCGGUUUGCCUUGCGGUGGCAUCUGAAAUGCAGCAUUCCGUCUUCAAUGAAGGAUUCGCAAAUGAAGAUGUGCUACCGCUGCGUGCGUUGCUACUCAGACUGGGUGGAUGAGAAGCACGCUGCCUAUGCAGAGAAGGCCCCGGACAUCGAGGCAGAGACUGCAGCGCUGGAAUCGGCCAUCUGCCAAGAGGACUCAAGGGUGCCCGCUUUGCAAGAAGAAGAAGAAGAACUUUCAGGGGCCACGACCCAGCCGUUGCUGGCCGCGCAGUCCCCUCUGUGUCCGGGAGCACUGAAGGUGUCUGCUUCUCGGAAGCCAAGGAACCGAGGCGCAAGACUUGCGGUUCGCCUCAGCCGCGCCAUUGCUCGCUCGCUUUAA